AAUGGAACUACCUUAUUAAUUAAUUAUUUUCCCUUUCGAAAUGUACUCUCUCAACUCUGUGUGAUGAUGACAGUCCAACGAUCUAUUCCCUGAUUCCGACCCCAUUACCACUCUCUCACUUCAUAUAAACCUCCAUUUUCGUUUUUCGAGCUCGAAUUUUUGUAAGAAAAUUUCUGGGCUUUGUUCGAUUCACCGAGAAAAGGGUUUUUUUUUUCUGAAAAAAUGAGGAAUCGAAGAUGGGUUAUUUCUGUGCUUCUUUAUUUUGCGUUUUGUUCGACGAUUGAAGCUUUCAAAUUCCACAAAACCCAACAAACCGAGAGAAUCUCCGGUAGUGCUGGUGAUGUGUUGGAAGACGAUCCAUUCGGGCGGCUGAAAGUCUUCGUUUAUGAGCUUCCGAGUAAAUACAACAAAAAGAUUCUCCAGAAAGAUCCGAGAUGCCUCAACCACAUGUUUGCAGCCGAGAUUUUCAUGCACAGAUUCCUUAUGUCGAGCCCUGUUCGAACACUUAACCCCGAAGAAGCUGAUUGGUUCUACACACCUGUGUAUACUACUUGUGACCUAACGCCAAACGGGCUUCCGUUGCCGUUCAAAUCGCCACGUAUUAUGAGGAGCGCGAUACAGCUGAUUUCUUCGAACUGGCCUUAUUGGAAUAGAACCGAAGGUGCCGAUCACUUCUUCAUUGUGCCUCAUGAUUUCGGCGCUUGCUUUCACUAUCUAGAAGAGAAAGCAAUCGAGAGAGGAAUCCUUCGAUUGCUCCAACGAGCUACAUUGGUUCAAACUUUCGGACAACGUUACCAUGUUUGCUUAAAGGGAGGCUCGAUUAUAAUUCCUCCAUAUGCCCCUCCUCAAAAGAUGCAAUCACAUCUAAUUCCUCCGACUACCCCUCGUUCCAUUUUUGUCUACUUCCGAGGUUUGUUCUAUGAUGUUGGAAACGAUCCGGAAGGUGGUUAUUACGCUAGAGGCGCACGAGCAUCGGUCUGGGAGAAUUUUAAAGACAACCCUCUAUUCGACAUCUCAACGGAGCACCCAACAACUUACUACGAAGACAUGCAGAGAGCCAUUUUCUGCUUAUGCCCGCUCGGGUGGGCCCCAUGGAGUCCCCGUCUCGUCGAAGCUGUCGUUUUCGGCUGCAUUCCCGUAAUAAUAGCCGAUGACAUCGUCUUGCCGUUUGCUGAUGCAAUCCCGUGGGAAGACAUUGGUGUAUUUGUGGCGGAAAAAGAUGUUCCUAAGUUAGAUACAAUUCUCACAUCGAUUCCGAUCGAAGAAAUAUUGAGGAAGCAGAGAUUGCUUGCUAACCCUUCGAUGAAACAGGCUAUGCUUUUUCCGCAGCCAAGUCAGCCUUGGGAUGCGUUCCAUCAGAUUCUGAACGGGCUUGCGCGGAAGCUGCCGCAUGGUAACGGCGUGUUCUUGCGUGCGGGGGAGAAGAUCUUGAACUGGACUGCGGGCCCCGUUGGUGACCUUAAACCUUGGUAAUUAAUUAGGUUAAUUGUUUUGUAAAUUGCUCUUACGGUGAAAAUUCAGGGUUGUUUGUAAUUAGAUGAUGGGAUAAUGUGAUCCAGCAAUAUUGGAUUUUUCUUCACCAUUGGCAAUGCACUCUUUGAGCUUAGGAUUUAUGGAAAUGGCAAUUUGAUUUUGUUUUAAA